AUGCCGCGUCUCCUCUGCUGGUGUCUGCUGUGUUUCGAGCUCCUGCUGGUUCGGGUCUCCCUUGAGCAAAGCUACAGAAGCAGUGCCAGAAAGCUGUGUGGCGAGCACCUCCUGAAAAGAAUAGUAAAACUCUGUGGCGAUGUUGACUGGAGCCACUUCGAUGACAAUACCCCUUUUAAAAAACAGCUGGUUCUCCAGGCCUUGAAGAAGGUCGACAGCGUCAUCCCCGACCAGUGGGAAAGCUCCCUAACCACGGGGGGGAGAAGGACACACACAGUCUCUACUACUGCCUCUCAGGAAGAAACAACAAAAAUGGAUUUGGAGAUUCAUUCACCUCCUGUGUAUCAGUAUAAGAAGGACUUCAUGCUACUUAAUAAGACAAAAGAAUUUGCCCCAUCACAAGAUAUCAGUUCAUAUGUUAAUGAGAUUGUAGAAUUUCAGGAUAAAAAUACAAACAAAGUUAAAACCUUAAGGAAAUUGUUUUGGGGGAAUCAUCCCCAAAGAAUACGCAGAGGGUACUCAGAAAAGUGUUGUAUUAAAGGAUGUACAGAAGAAGAACUUAUUAUUGCAUGUCUUCCAUAUAUUGAUUAUAAAAACUUAAAGAACGAUAAGCAUCCAUUGUGA